AUGUGGUUAGUACCGUAUAUUUUCCUCCUGGGCAUGACCACAGGCGAAGAUGUUCGUUUUGAUUGCCAUCCGGAACCAGGUGCUAGCAAGGAGGCGAGAACUCUUACCAAGAGCAGCGGACCAAUGAAUCCGUGGGGCGAAGACAUCAAGGAGAUAUACUUUGCUUCACAUUACUUUGGGAAAACCCUCAACGUCAAAAUUUUUGUUGGUGGAAGAUACGAGCCACCACUUGAUUUACCACGUGAGCCAUCCAAGUCAACUGAAGAUUUAGAGCUUACUACAUACGACGAGGAAAACCCAUUUUACUUUACUGUUUCUCGUGAAUCCACUCAAACGAAAUUGUGGGAUACUUCAUUAGGAGAGUGA